GGCCUGUGACAACGAGCGGUAGAUCGCCUGGUGCAGGUUGAUGACGUCAGCGCUUGAACUCCAUGGCAGCGCGGCGGCGAGGGACCAGCGGCUACGGAAAUCGAGCUUCUGGAGCAUUAAAUGAAACCAAGAGAGUUAAUAAUGGCAGCACAGCAACAGAAGACUCUCCUCCUGCCAAGAAAAAUCGCACAUGUCCAAAACCCGAAGUGGAAAAGGAGCCUGUAGCUGGAGGAAAGGGUCAUAAGCAAGAAUCUGUGAAAGCUUUGCUGCUAAAGGGCAAAGCUCCUGUGGACCCAGAGUGUACAGCCAAGGUGGGAAAGGCUCAUGUGUACUGUGAAGGAAAUGAUGUUUAUAAUGUCAUGCUAAAUCAAACCAAUCUCCAAUUCAACAACAACAAGUACUAUCUUAUUCAACUGUUAGAAGAUGAUGCCCAGAGGAACUUCAGUGUUUGGAUGAGAUGGGGCCGAGUUGGGAAAAUGGGGCAGCACAGCUUGGUGGCUUGUUCGGGAGACCUCACCAAGGCCAAGGAAAUCUUUCAGAAGAAAUUUCUUGACAAAACAAAGAACAACUGGGAAGAUCGUGAGACGUUUGAGAAAGUGCCUGGGAAAUAUGAUAUGGUGCAGAUGGACUAUGCCGCCAACACUCAGGAUGAAGAUGAAACAAAACAAGAGGAAUCUCUUAAAGGCCCCUUGAAACCAGAGUCACAACUAGAUCUUCGGGUACAAGAGCUGAUAAAGUUGAUUUGUAAUGUCCAGACUAUGGAAGAAAUGAUGAUUGAAAUGAAGUAUGACACAAAGAAAGCCCCGCUUGGGAAGCUGACAGUGGCACAAAUCAAGGCAGGUUACCAGUCUCUCAAGAAAAUCGAGGACUGUAUUCGGGCUGGCCAGCAUGGACGAGCUCUCCUAGAAGCAUGCAAUGAGUUCUAUACCAGGAUCCCACAUGACUUUGGACUUCGUACUCCUCCAUUAAUCCGAACAGAGAAAGAACUGUCAGACAAAGUACAGCUGCUAGAGGCUUUGGGAGACAUUGAAAUUGCCAUUAAGCUGGUGAAGACAGAACUCAAAAGACCAGAACACCCAUUGGACCAGCACUACAGAAACUUACAUUGUGCCUUACAUCCUCUAGACCACGAAAGUCAUGAGUUCAAAGUGAUUUCUCAAUACCUGCAGUCUACCCAUGCUCCCACGCACAGUGACUAUACCAUGACCUUGCUGGAUGUUUUUGAAGUGGAGAAGGAGGGUGAGAAAGAAGCCUUCAGAGAGGACCUUCACAACAGGAUGCUGCUAUGGCAUGGUUCCAGGCUGAGUAACUGGGUGGGAAUCCUGAGCCAAGGGCUUCGGAUUGCCCCACCUGAGGCUCCCAUAACAGGUUAUAUGUUUGGAAAAGGAAUCUACUUUGCUGAUAUGUCUUCCAAAAGUGCCAAUUACUGCUUUGCCUCUCGCCUAAAGAAUACAGGACUGCUGCUUUUAUCAGAGGUAGCUUUAGGUCAGUGUAAUGAGCUACUAGAGGCUAAUCCCAAGGCAGAAGGGUUACUUCAGGGCAAACACAGCACCAAGGGGCUAGGCAAGAUGGCUCCCAGUCCUGCCCACUUCGUCAUUCUGAAUGGGAGUACUGUGCCCUUAGGACCAGCAAGUGACACAGGAAUUCUAAAUCGAGAAGGUUAUACCCUCAACUACAAUGAGUUUAUUGUCUAUAACCCCAACCAGGUCCGUAUGCGAUACCUUCUAAAGGUUCAGUUUAAUUUCCUACAGUUGUGGUGAAUGUUGAUAUUAAACAAACCAGAGAAGCAACAAGCACUGUCAUACUUUUUAAAUUUUUGUAUUUUGUGUAAUAAAAAUGGUAU